GCGCGGGAAAUCAACCUUUGAGAGAAAAUGGCGACUGAAGCAAAGCGAGCGCGGGUUAGCGGGAUAAAAAGGAUCGCAGUGGAGGGAAAUAUCGCUGUUGGAAAGUCUACGUUCAUCUCCCUGCUAGAGGAGGAGUGUCCAGACUGGGCGAUCGUGGGGGAACCUCUGUCCCGCUGGCAGAACGUGCAGUGUCAGAGUGAGAAGGACGAGGAGAUCACACUGUCCCAGAAACAUGGAGGGAACCUGCUGGACAUGUUUUACUCCGACCCUCGGCGCUGGGCGUUCACGUUCCAGUCUUACGUGUGUCUGAGCCGCAUGAGACACCAGCUCAAGCCUCCGCCGGGGCACCUCGAAACUGCUGCAGACCCGGUCAUCUUCUACGAACGAUCAGUCUACAGCGACAGGUACUGUUUUGCCGCCAACUGUUUCUCCCUGGGCACGUUUAACGAGACGGAGUGGAACAUCUACUGUGACUGGCACUCCACCAUGAUGGCCGCCAUGGGGGAACUAAAACUGGACGGGAUCAUCUACCUCAGGGCUGAGCCAGAGGUGUGCCUGGAGAGGCUUCAGUUGCGAGGACGGCCAGAGGAGCGUCCAGUCUCCCUGGAGUAUCUGGACCAGAUCCACACACGACACGAGUCCUGGCUGGUCCACAAGGAAAUCAGUGUUUCAGACAGCCUGAAGGGGGCGCCGAUCCUCAGUCUGGACUGUAACCAGAGUUUCCAGGGCGACACGGACAAACAAAAGGACAUGAUGGCACAGGUGAAGACCUUUGUUGCUGGGCUGUAGAACUAGACAAGAAGCGGACAGAGGUGGACCCAACAUGCACUGGGCCUUU